AUGGAACUGGCAAAGUUUUAUCCUCAUUAUGACAAGGCAACUGUUGAGUUUUCCAACUGUAUCGAAUUUGAGAGCGGGUUAUGCCCCGAGAUCAAGAAGGCAAUUGGAUACCAAAAGAUUCGUAAAUUUUUGGGUUUGGAAGAUAGGUGCAGAAUUUAUGAGGAGGACAGUAAUGCUCGCUAUAAGAUCAUAAAUGAGAAGAGGGGUAAGCACCAACAGAACUGUGGGAAGCCUUAUGAUACUCCAGCUAAAGGACAUAUUAGUACUCAGUGCCAGAAGCCGAAGAAAGUACAAUCUAGUGGGAAAGUGUUUGCUUUAGCAGGAACUCAGACAUCUAGCAAAGACAGACUAAUCAAAGGUACAUGUUUCAUUAAUAGUACUCCCUUAAUUACUAUUAUUGUUACGAGUGAUAUGCAUUGUUUUAUUGCUGGUGAUUGUGUGAAAAAGUUAGGUCUUGUGUUGUCUUCUAUGAAUGAAGAGAUGGUCGUCGAUAUUCCAGCUAAGGGAUCAGUGACUACAUCUCUAGUGUGUUUGAAGUAUCCUUUGUCGAUCUUUGACAGAGACUUUGCUGUUGAUUUGACAAUUGCGGGAAUUGGUGAAAAUGAAGCACGUGUAUUUUCGUUGAUGGCGUCGUUAUCUGUUGAGAAUCAGACUACAAUUGAUAAAUUACAGGUGGUACGUGAAUUUCCUGAAUUCUUUUCCGAUGAGAUUCCCGGUGUACCGCCAGAAAAAGAGGUCGAAUUCGCUAUUGAUCUUGUCCCUGGUACCACACAUGUUUCCAUGGCACCAUACAGGAUGUCACCAUCUGAGUUGGCAGAGUUGAAGAAGCAAUUGGAGGAUUUACUUGAGAAGAGGUUCGUGAGACCAAGUGUAUCGCCUUGGGGAGCUCCGGUGUUUCUAGUGAAAAAUAAAGAUGGAAGUAUGAGGUUGUGUGUUGAUUAUAGGCAGUAA